UCGUUGUGUGUCUGUGACGUGUCCGCAGGUCUGGCUCUGGCUUUCCAUGACGGCAGCAUUCAGAUCCUCCACCGUCUGUCCCUCCACACCAUGGGCGUCUUCUACGGCUCCUCGUCCUCGUCCUCCCAGAGACCCGGAGACGAGUCCGCCAUCAAACGCCAGAGAACCGGAGGCCCCGCCCUCCACUUCAAGGCCCUGCAGUUCUCCUGGACCUCGCUGGCGCUGGCCGGCGUGGACAACCACGGCAAGCUGCACAUGCUGCGGGUGUCCCCGUCCAUGGGACAGGUGCUGGAGAUGAACACGACGCUGCGCCACCUGCUGUUCCUGCUGGAGUACUGCAUGGUGACGGGCUACGACUGGUGGGACGUCCUGCUGCACGUCCAGCCGUCCAUGGUCCACAACCUGGUGGAGAAGCUGCACGAGGAGUACAUGAGGCAGAACCAGGCGCUGCAGCAG